AUGUCCUCUCCCUUCCCACCCCCCGAGCUCCGCGAAAUCACCCAAGAAGUAGCUUCCCUCCUUCAAGAACGCAAGGAAACGAUCUCGGUGGCUGAAACUGCAGCAGGCGGCCUCAUCUCCGCCGCCCUGCUCUCCUUCCCCGGCGCAUCAGCCUUCUACCGCGGCGGCGGCCUCACGCUGUACACGCUAGAAUCGCGCGUUGCGUUCGCGGGGUGGAAGAAGGAGGAUAUCGAAGGCUAUGCUGGGCCGACGACGGACAUCGUGAAGGGGCAAGUAUACCCAUAA